CUGUCCGAGACUGUGCGUAUGGGAGCGGUUCUCUGUAUAGAGUUCAAACAAUAGGCAAAACUAGGAGGUAUGGAGAGGGUAACUUUUCGCGAAGGGAGUGUCAUUAUAGUGUCCGCGGGCACCGAUUCGGACACCCUUCGAAUAAGUUCAUUCCAAAGUGGAAGAUCGGCCAUUCGCUCGACAACAUAAAUACAUGCGUCGACAUCGUAGAGUCGAAGACAUCGGGAAUAAACAAUAGCAACGACAGAACGCCAGUCACGUGACAGGCAUCUUAUUGGCCCACUUCUUUACUGGUUUAUUUUUCAAAAUUAGUAGACGAAAUGUUCUGCUCGAAAAUGUUGUGCAGUCGAAGGCCAUAGUUUUCGCUUCUAUCCUAAAACUGUUCUUUCUUCGAUGAGGACAUACCUGAGCACUCCGCGUGCCUUCUCCUAACAAUAACAAAGGGGAAUGACAAUUCGUCGUACGAAGCGAAACAGUGAAAACGCGACUUGAAACGUUGUAUCCGGUGAAACGUGAAAUGAACGCUUCGAGCAGUUCUUUCAGUGUAUUGCGGAUCUAGGGAGUUGAAUUAGGUAUAUAUUCGGUGUGCUAGUGACCCUAGUGCGCGUGUGUAAUACGCGCCGGGGGUGGUUAGUCGACGGUACAGUGUGCGAACGUGAAAAAUUGCGAUUUCGGUUGAGUUUUCUUUCGUAUUCGUCGUGUAAACUGUAUCCAGAGGGACGACAAUUCAUAUUCUUUUUUUUUCGUCAAACAACCUCUCGAGAAACGACUGUCGAGAUAGAAGUUGAACGCAAGUAAACCGAUCGUGCAACUGCAGCGUACAAUACGCACGCGGUGUCUAAAAAUGGCGAAGGUGUUUCGCGCGGUGACAGUAUCGACUUUGUCAAACAAUGGACAGUCAACGCCAAAAUAUAAUAAGCCGGUCACACUCAAUAUCAACUAUGAUCCGCAAGGUCUCAGCGUCGAGUUCCUCGCAGGGGACUCGAAUGGAAGAGAAAAGGCGACAUUAUUGGAAUUUCCAGUAACACCUAGUACCGAAUGCUCUAGAGUAUCGUCGAGAAGUUACGUAUUCACAUUAGACACGGAUAGUUUACUUGUAACGCUUGCCAGUGAAACAGAUUUUCGAAACUUUCAUUCGCAAAUACUGAAACUGAAGAAUGGCAAAGGCGUGUCUGCAUUUAACGAAAGAACAGAAGAAUCUUCCGCGAUGCAGUAUUUUCAGUUUUACGGCUACCUCUCGCAGCAACAAAACAUGAUGCAGGAUUACAUUAGAACUAGUACAUACCAGAGAGCAAUUCUGGGAAAUCUGUCAGAUUUUAAGGACAAAGUAGUGUUAGACGUAGGCGCAGGGUCUGGAAUAUUGUCGUUCUUCGCGGUUCAAGCAGGCGCGAAGAAAGUGUACGCGGUAGAAGCGAGUAACAUGGCGAAUCACGCGGAACUGCUCGUUGCUGCGAAUAAUUUAUCGGAUAAAAUUAUCGUCAUAGCUGGUAAAAUAGAAGAAAUUGAAUUACCCGAACUAGUAGAUUGUAUAGUAAGCGAACCGAUGGGUUAUAUGUUAUACAAUGAAAGAAUGCUUGAAACUUAUCUCCAUGCAAAGAAAUGGUUACUACCAGGUGGAAGGAUGUUUCCUUUGCGCGGUGAUCUUCACAUCGCACCGUUUUCCGACGAGAACCUUUAUAUGGAACAAUUUAAUAAAGCUAAUUUUUGGUAUCAAACCUGUUUCCACGGUGUAGAUCUUUCCGCAAUGAGGAACAAUGCGAUGAAAGAAUAUUUUAGACAACCAAUCGUCGACACUUUUGAUAUAAGAAUUUGUAUGGCUAAGUCUAUCAGACAUAUAGUAGACUUCCAAACUGCUAAUGAGACUGAUUUACAUAAAAUAGAAAUCGAUGUCGAUUUUCAUAUACUAGAAAGUGGCACGUGUCACGGGCUUGCAUUUUGGUUUGACGUUGCAUUUAUCGGUUCAACGCAACAAGUUUGGUUAAGCACAGCUCCCACGGAACCUCUAACGCAUUGGUAUCAAGUGCGUUGCCUCUUGGAGAAUCCGUUAUUCUGUAAAAGUGGUCAGCUGUUAUCUGGGAAGGUGAUUCUUAUAGCGAACAAAAGACAAUCGUACGACGUAACGAUAGACUUGAAGCUAGAAGGGACAAACAUGGAAAGCAGCAGUAAUACGUUGGAUUUGAAGAAUCCAUACUUCAGAUAUACAGGUGCAGCGGCACAACCGCCUCCGGGUUUAAAUAAUACCUCGCCCAGUGAAUCCUACUGGACGACUUUAGAUGCACAGGGUGCUAGGCAAGCAGUUAACAUGGUCAACGGAAUGUCGGUGAACGGUCUGGGCGAAGUUUCUAUGGAUGCAACUGCAGUAAAUCCCGGAAAUUUACUCGCGAUAGGAGGCCAACCAAAUAUUCAUCCCGGUUCAAUUUCGAGCACCGGCCGAGGGCGAGUAGGUGGCACGGCGACGAGCACGCAAGCAGCCCAAUUAAUAGGCGGUGGAAUUACUCCGAACAUGUUCACUUCUCCCGCUACGCUUGGUGUUACUUUCCAGCAAUCGCUGGUCCUUGGCAAUACCUCGCAUUAUCCAGUGAAUCCCAGUUUGAUGAUCGGCGAUUACGUGACACCUGGUAACGGCAUAUCGUCUCAAGCGUAUCGGCAAUGAUCAAUGGUGAAAUCAUUUUGCACCGACUAUUCCCACACGGCGAAACAGUCGAGCGACUGGCAUAGCGGUAGCGAUACCGGGGACACCUGUAACAACAAACAGUGCCGCAAGUUGGUGUUUAGUUCUCCGGCAAGCAAGUUACGACUCUCGUCCGCCGUUCGAAUUUUACACGCGGUUAAUCUGGUCAGCCUUCAUUCGGGCGCUGGCCAGACGAAUAACAAACACAACAACUUUGCUUAUUUGAACAAAGUCAUUGUUGGUUCCGGAUUCGGACUCGGACUCGGACUCGGGCUCGGACUCGGGCUCGGAUGGACCGCCAGAAGAAACAAGUCGCAAUGGGAGGCACGUUGGAGGAAAGUGCGAACCGUCCUCUCGUAGUCGUCACGUCAUUUUCACAUAGUUGUCCUUUAUUUAAUUGCCCGCUCGAAGAUUCGAUCUUCCAAAUCCAGCGAAGCGCAUGCUUGCCAAACGUAUUUGAACAAAAACUAAUGAUAUUUUUUAACGACAAUACCGUUCACCACCGUAUCGUUUUACGAACUCCUAACGCAUGAUUUUGUAUAUCGGUAUGCUUGACGACGAGGACACGGUAUAUAUAGGGGGCCGAAACCCACUCUCCAACAUUUUCUUCUUUCCGUCACACGGUCUAGGUGCUCUCCUUACUCUUUAGUCGGUUUAGAGGGAAUUCCGGGUGGUUUCUCGUUUCCGUACACGCCCAACGAACGCGUAAGUGCCGAGGUUUUUAACGAAUAUACAUACAUAUAUAACAUAUAUAUAUAUAUAUAUAUAUAUAUAUAUUCCACGUAUAGUUUUCCUUUUCUCGCAAGACCGUUACUUUAGAACGUGUGACGAGAGAUAUUUCACGAGGUAUCGCGGUUGCCCUGUAUCUCGCCUGUGAUCAAAGCAAUCUUAAGCGUAAAUUAUGUUGCGAUGUAUUUUUAAUUUACUCUUAUCCUUUUGCUUGUCACUCGACACAU